UGGACUCCAAUGAGACAGUCAGCCCUUCACUUCACUUCAGAGUUGGUGGCCUUUCUGCUGUUCUUGUGCCCAGCUCUGCUAGUGUUUGGAGUUCUGUGACUUGCCCCUUUUUUUUUUGUCUGUGUGGCUUCGCUCCCACUGACUGCAGGAUGAGGAGUCUUGGAACCAUUUUGAUAUGGAGCCUGCUGGCCGCAGUGUUUCAGACUGAUGCUUGGCCUAACUUGAAAGCCAAUACAGAGUCACGCAAAGGAUUAAAGUCUGAGUGCUUGGAUAACGUGAUGAGACUAACACUGGAUGAGGCCCUUGCUGUGGGCAACCAACUUGAAGUAGAGGCAAUCAAUGGCACCCGUCACAUUGUGCUCACACCCCCCUUGGCUGCUCAAUGUGGAUACAGCAUGGAAUCUGACCCCUGGGGCAACACCAGAAUCUACACCUCGCUGAUGGGCUGCUAUGUGAAUAACAAAGAUGACACCACCUUUAAUGUUGGCCUCCGACUUCAAAUGUACAGCCAGAGCGUGUCUAAUGUGGUCUCCCAUGACGUGAAGCAAACAUGCCACUACACCCGCUGGGCUGCCAGAGAGGUUCUUUGUGACAGGAACUACAUGGAAGUGUCCCAUCACAUGGUCGCACCUGUUCAAUCUCCCAAGGGUGACGAGUACACCGCCAAGGCUGCCUCUGUCGAGCACGGAAUCUGGAAGAUGACCUUCUACACCCCAGAGCCGGUGGUCAUGAUGACCGGCGAGGCCCAGCAAGCAGGAUACAGCGCAAUGGCCACGUCUAACCGCCUGGUUGUGCGAAGCCCCUACAACACAGGAGAGACCUACUCUGAGGAUGUGGCUGGAGUCCCCAUGGAAAUCCUGAAGGUCAGCACCUACCACAAGACCCCUCAAGGUUUAACUGUGCAAAACAUGGCAGCGGCUUGUCCCAUUGGCGGCGUCCUUUUCACCGAUGACACCAUCUCUUGGCACAUUCCUCGCCGUGUGACUCCCCUUCUGGACGGCAGCUUUAAAAUCCUGGAAAUGCACAUGGGCGUCAAUGGCCAGCGACUGGACCGACCUCAAAUGGCCGCUCUGGGCUACACUCUGUCGGCUACAGACUUUCACAUCGUCGUGGAGCUCCCUGUUGGUUGUCCUCUUGGCUACAACAAGAGCCAUGCCCCAGAUUACCAAUACCACAUUACCUACUCUGUGGAACCCAUGCUUGAGGUCCUGUGGCGCACGGAUAAGACCCAAGAAGACACCAGAUACAAGAUUCUGUUCCCCAUCACCACCCCUCUGAUGGCCAGGCCUCCCCAAGCUGUUGACUAUACUAAUGCUGAGGAGAGGUUGUUUAAUGUCAACGUGGGGACCUUCCUUGAUGACGUCGAGCUGAAGAACAUCACCUUCUCCAUGAACACCCUGACUCUAGAAGAAUGUGAAGCUAGAGGCUUUGUCGUGCAAGAGCACAGCCAUCCUGGUGGCACUAAGAGCUACACUCUGCAAGUCCCCUUCGACGUCCCUGAAGUCAUCAAACACAACCCUGAGCCCCUGGUUACAACCUACACCCUGUCUCUGGUCUUUGGCUUCAUGGUUCACCCUGAACAGACACUAUUUGCUCACCCUGUCAAGCUGCAGGCUUCUCUGAAGGAUGUUGUUCUCCCCACGAUCUCCGGCUCUUGUGAUCAGCACCUGUUCUAUGUCCAAGUCAAAUAUGGAAAUCAAGGCAAGAACUUCCACACUGUUGUCGGCUACCAGACCAUCACCCCCGAGCUGGCCCCAGCUUACAACUUGCAAGAGAAUGAGACCCACCUCACCCUCACGGUGCCCUUCGCCGACAAAGUGACUGCAUUCGAGUACGUUACAUCCGACGCGGUCAGGGUCAGACUUGACAUGCUGCUUUGGGAGCCGAACAACAACUGGGUGCUUGGUGAUCUUUAUCUGUGCUGCAACUUUCCUUUGAAGACAACUGAGUGCCACCCCAAUGGAACUAUGACUGCACUGGCUGUCAAGGUGGAAUCUGUUCCCAACCUCAUUCCCAACUGGCUGACUCUAAAGGACAAAGCCUGCAAGCCAGUCUUCAGCGAUGACCGCUUUGCUUACUUCUCUUUCGGUGUCGAUUCCUGUGGAACCACAAGAUCGUUCUCUGACAACUACAUGCUGUACCAAAAUGAGAUUGGACUCUAUUACAACAACAAAGGCGCCUCCUACACAUCCCCUGUAGAUCCUGAGUACAGACAAUCCAUCUCCUGCUACUAUGCUGUCAACGAGACUAAGACUGUUGGCUUUGGCUACAAAUCUCGCAGCACUUACCCCGCAGCUGAGAUUGGAUUGGGACUCCUUGCUGUGCAAAUGAGGCUGGCUCAGGAUUCAUCUUAUGAGAGCUUCUACCAAGCUGAAGACUACCCAGUCGUUAAGUACCUGAGAGAGCCUGUGUACUUUGAGGUGGAGCUGAUGCGUACUGAUGAUCCUUACCUGGAGCUUGUCUUGGAGAACUGCUGGGCCACCGCUCAUCCAGACAGAACAUCUCUACCCAGCUGGGAUAUUAUUGUCAACACCUGUGGUAACCAUGACGACAGCUACGUAGCACUCUUCCAUGCUGUUAUGCCCGACCAGAGAGUCACCAUCCCAUCCCACGUCAAACGCUUCUCUGUCAAGAUGUUCACCUUUACCAAAGACAACGAGGUUCUUAAAAAUGAGAUCUACGUCCACUGUGAUGCCGUGAUCUGUGACAAAAACAGCCAAGCUGACGGUACCUGCAGAGGUCAGUGCAAGCACCCCAACCCCCGUAACUCUGCCUUCCAAGGACUGAAAAGGGCACAAAGAAGCACCGACUCAAACCAGCAUAGACAAAUCUCAUCUGGACCAAUUAUGUUUCGCCACCAGUAAACUCUGAAUAAAGUCUUUAACUGAA